GACGCGUAUUGCCUGGAGGAUGGCGGACGCCGGCUUGCGCCGCGUGGUUCCCAGCGACCUGUAUCCCCUUGUGCUCGGUUUUCUGCGCGAUAACCAACUCUCAGAAGUGGCCAAUAAGUUCGCCAAAGCGACAGGCGCUACACAGCAAGAUGCCAACGCCUCUUCCCUCUUGGACAUCUAUAGCUUCUGGCUGAAGUCCGCUAAGACCCCAAAGAGGAAGUUACAGGCAAAUGGACCAGUGACUAAGAAGGCUAAGAAGAAGACCUCAUCCAGUGACAGUAGUGAGGACAGCAGUGAGGAGAAGGAACAAGCUCAAGGGCCUCCAGUUAAGAAGGCUGCUGUAUCUGCCAAGCGGGCCAGUCUGCCUCAGCAUCCUGGAAAGGCUGUGGCCAAAGCAUCAGAGAGCAGCAGCAGUGAAGAAUCCAGUGAUGAUGAGGAAGAGAAAGACAAAAAGAAAAAACCUGUCCAGAAGGGAGUUAAACCCCAAGCCAAGGCAGCCAAGGCAGUCAAAGCUCUUCCUAAGAAGGCCAAGAGCUCAAGUUCCGAUUCUGACUCAAGCUCAGAGGAUGAGGCACCAAAGAACCAGAAGCCAAAGACAACACCUGUUGUAGCUAAAGCUCAGGCUAAAGCCCCAGCCAAACCAGGUCCGCCAGCUCGAGCAGCACCUAAAGUAACCAACGGUAAAGCAGCUAGUAGCAGUAGCAGCAGCAGUAGCAGUAGUAGCAGUGAUGACUCAGAGGAGGAGAAGGCAGCAGCCAUUCCCAAGAAGACUGUACCUAAAAAGCAAGUGGUGGCCAAGGCCUCAGUGAAAACAGCUGCCACCCCUACCCAGAAGAGUUCCAGCAGUGAAGACUCCUCCAGUGAAGAGGAAGAGGAGCAGAAAAAACCCAUGAAGAAAAAACCAGGUCCCUACAGUUCAGUACCCCCGCCUUCUGCUCCCCCACUGAAGAAGUCCCUGAAAAACCAGCCUCUCAAGAAAGCUGCAGAAAAGAAACAGCCUGCGGAAAGCAGUGAAGACAGCAGUGAUGAGUCUGAUUCAAGUUCUGAGGAAGAGAAGAAACCACCAGCUAAAGCAAACAUCUCUAGAGCAACCACCAAACCAGCUCCAGCAAAGAAGGCAGCAGAGAGCUCUUCAGACAGCUCAGACUCUGACAGCUCUGAGGAUGGAGCCCCUUCCAAGCCAGUGAGCAACGCCAAGAAUUCCUCAAGUAAUAAGGUAGCUGCCACUACCAAGCCACCUAUAGCUAAGCCAGCGGCAGCUCCCAAGCAACCUGCAGGCAGUGGCCAGAAGCCUCUGACAAGAAAGGCUGAUAGCAGCUCCAGCGAGGAAGAGAGCAGUUCUAGCGAGGAGGAGGAGAAGACAAAAAAGACUGUGGCCACCUCUAAGUCCAAGGUGACUGUCAAAGCAGCUCCAUCUCUGCCUGCCAAGCAGACUCCUCAGGGUGGAAGGGAUAGCAGCUCUGACUCAGACAGCUCCAGCAGUGAGGAGGAGGAGGAGGAAGAGAAGACAUCUAAAUCUCCGGUUAAGAAGCCGCAGAAGGCAGCAGGACAUGUGGCCCCUUCUAAGCCAGCCUCCACAAAGAAAGUGAAGGCUGAGAGCAGCACCAGUUCUUCCUCUGAUGAUUCCAGUGAGGAGGAGGAAGAGAAGCCCAAGGGCAAGGGCACUCCAAGACCACAAGCCCCCAAGGCCAAUGGCACCUCUGCACUGACUGCCCAGAAUGGAAAAGCAGCCAAGGAUGGUGAGGAGGAGGAGGAGGAAGAAAAGAAAAAGGCAGCAGUGGCAGUUUCUAAGCCAGGUUCAGGAAAGAAGCGGAAGCAGAAUAAGGCUCCCAAGGAGGCAGAGACUCCUCAAGCCAAGAAGAUAAAGCUCCAGACCCCCAACACAUUUCCAAAGAGGAAGAAACUGGGUGUCCAGGUUAUCCAAGUAUGCCCAGCUCUGAAGCACCAGAAUGGAGGUCUGAGAACUUUGGAGGAACUAUACUGACAGAUGUUAAGAGAAAGGGAAUUAUUUACCCAUGAUGUUAGUCAAGACAACAUAAUCAGGGCCAUCAACAAACUAAAAGCACUUGGCACUGGCUUCAGCAUUAUCCCUGUGGGUAGCACUUACCACAUUUAGUCUGUUUCAGCUGAACCCAAUAUGGAUCACACUGUACUGCUGUAGCUGGCAGAGAAAAAUGGCUUCAUGACUGUCAGUGAAAUCAAAGCCAGUAUUAAUGAGACAGGGCAAGCAUGGAAAGUGCUGGAACACUUGCUGAAGGAGAGCUGGCUGGACUUGUAGGCCCCAGGGGAGGCACACUACUGGCUGCCAACUCUCCUCAUUGAUAUCCAUUCCCAGGAGGUUACAGGCAAGGAAGCCAGAGAAGCCCUUCCCUGA